UUGCAGCUUCCACCAGAACUGCAGUUGGAGAUCUUGUCGUAUCUCGACUUUGGAGACAUCCAGCGGUUGCGGCAGACGAGUCGUCUAUUCCGCGAAAGCCUCGACCAUGGGCUGAUGAAGAGCCUGUUUCCUCGUCUCUUUGAAGAUAUGCUGAAAACAUGCUACAUUUGCCUAACAGAAGGUGUGGAACAUUUAAUGAUAAUGGGGAAUGCUCGGCAUCAGCGAUACCCGUUGACGAGUAAAUGUUUCAGCUGUAUCGAAAGACAGGCGGGCUUCAUGGUCGGACGGAGAUACACUCUGGUGAACUCGGAGACCGUUUUUGUGUGUCGCUGGUGCGGGAUCCCGGUGACGUCGGUGAUGGAAUCGCGUGGGUCAGACUUUCAUAGCUAUUGCUAUGAGUGGUACAAGGGAGCGCUUGUGCUGCAUCAUACGAUCGGGGUGGUGCAGUGGAUGGUUGUGAUUGUUGGUUCGGCAUUAUGUUGGCAUUAUUUCAUACGCCAGACGAUGGUAACCAUCCCUCUUGCGGUAAGU